AUGAAUCAACCACCAUACGAAGCUGGAAAUAUUUAUCCGUCAAAUAAUGCAUCACCACCUUAUACACAAUAUCCUCAACAUUCAUCUGCUUAUCCAACAUCGGGUGCACCACAUAAUGGCGUACAAUCAAUCAAUCAACCCCAAGGAGUUACUGUCGUACCUCUUUAUCGACCAUCCAGGAAUAAUUUAACAUCAACACCGAUUACGUCUAGUCUACGAGUAUUUCUUGUCAUUUCGGGUAUUCUUUAUUUGUGUUGGUAUCCAAAUUGA